AUGGAAAUAUUUGAGGAAAAUGAAGUACUUGAGCUUUCUGAGUACCAUCAUAACGACAAAGUUAUUUCUGUAGUAGUGCACGGCCGUAUUCUAUUUACUGCCACAAAUUGUUAUAUAUACGCAUGGCUUGAUAAAGAAUCGACUCUUCUUGCUAUGUUCAGAAUACCAGCAGGAGAGCUAAGUACACCCAUUUCUGUAGAGUCUCUUCUAGUGGAUAGUUCUAUACACAAAUCCAACUGGCAAGUAUUUUCAGAAUAUUUUACUGAAGUAAACCAGCCCGCGUAUUUAUUUAUAUCCAAGGGUUAUUACAAAAUAGAAAACUUAUCACUUACAAAAUACGUCCAGAACAGAUUUCUCCCGCACUGCCAUACAGCAGAGGGUCCCUUUGCAGUAGAAGAAGACUCAGUAUUGUAUAAUUAUAAAACAGAAAAAAUGCCAAUAGUAAAGAUUUCAGAGAGGGAUGUAUGCACAAAAAUAAAGUGCAUAGCGAAUGAACUGUAUUUAGGAAUGGAUUCUGGUCAUAUUCUGAAAAUACUUGCAGUGAAAAUAAACUCGCCAAAAAAUAUUCAAGACUCACUGCAAAGCAAGUGCAAUAGUUAUACAUAUGACUCAAAAAACCCGACAGAAGAUAAAUUCACUUCAGACCAUACUCACCCAGCAUUUUCCAACCACUCCACCCCCAGCACAGUAGAUAUAAUUUGCAAGAAAGAGUACUCCGUAAAAUAUUCAUCUAUUUUUACGGGGCCCGCACUCCCCGUUUUAGACUUUUAUGUAAAUCCACUAAUUAUCUCGUAUUUCGGUAGAAAAUUGUACAGCGUAUCUAUUGCAUGCACGGAAAAAGAGCAAGUAUUGAAUUUAUAUUGCAUGCAUUCUCUAUUUAUUGUUUUCACACCCAGAAGUAUUUUACUACUCAACCAAUCCCUGCAUCGACUUAAUAGAAGCAGAGUCUGGGGAGAAGCCAUUUCAUAUAUAGAUAGGGUAUUUAUAUCCCAAGACACUGGGAUACUUAAUGAAAUACUUGUUUCUUUUCUAUGAUUUGUCCAUAUCUAUAAGCAUAACCAGCCCCGAGAGUGCUUCUAUUUCUUCCUCUGAAUAAUUUAUUACAAGACAGUCCUCGAACAUAUCCUUUCUUUCUUCUCCAUUCGUAUUAAUUUCAUUGUAUGCUACUUCAUACCCUUCUGUUCCUCCAUCUGAUAGCAACCUAGGCACAGUCUGCCUCUGCCUGUGCUUUAUUUCUUUGCUCAUGAACUUAACUGGUCUGUGUUUCUUGUGUAUUUUUAAGUACAGCCCACAUGCAUUGCACAGGUAGUUACCCGUCUCACUCCUUCUCCAUAAUGGAGUUAUAUUUGUCUUGCAAUUCUCACAAGUUAUAUCAUCACCUUUCUUAUACUUUAUCAUCUUCUG